AUGUCGUCUUCAGAAAGAAUAACGGUCCACAACUUGGCCGAUCUCAAGAACACCUCGGACGAUGCGCUCCCCAACUACCUCAACUCCCUCAAGUUCACCCAGUCCCACACCUUGACCGAUGUCCGUCUGGGCCUCGGCUGGGGCGCGUUUCUGAUCGCCGCCGCUUGCUUUGGCUGGGAUUACAAGUUCGGCUUCGACGCAACCAAGUACUACACUGCGGCCGCCGUGGUCGUCUACUCGAUCCUGAACGGCGCUCUGACGCUAUGGAUCUGGCUCAAGGAGGCGGGCACCGUAUACGAGGGCACAUCUCCGUCGGGUGAAAAGAUCAACAUUGCAACCUCAACAAAGAAGAAUGUCCCAAUCUACAACAUGAAGAUCACCAUUACACCCAAGAACGGCGCAAGCAAGACACUCGAGCUUGCGAAACCUUUUAACCAAUGGUUCGACUCUCAGGGCCACUUCGUCGCUUCGCCAUUCCAGGAGAUCCUCGCUACCAACAUCCCCACCAUUGGCAAGCUUGAUCCUAAGCGCGUUCAGUCCACCUCCCAAACCUACUCUGCCGACGUUCUCGACGCUCUGUACGCCGAGAGCACCGCGACGGGUAGCGGAAGCGGCGCUGAGGCAGCGGCGAAAGGAUCUAGCAAGCGACGCAAGGCGUAG